AUGGAUAACCCUGACGCGAAGUCUGGAUUCACGCUUGCCGACGAAGCUCGCCAGACGUCGCAACAUGACCAUUCCACGUGGGGGAAUUCCAGCCUACGACUGCGGCCAGUUACUUUCGUUAGCGCUGGGCCCACCGAACCUCUAAAGUUCUUGGAUGCGAUUGUUGACCCAGGCGACAAGAAAGAUAACCAGGCCGACGAACAGAGCUUCGAAGAAUCGACCGACGAGGUUGAGUUCAUAGGCCCUGACGACCUCGAGGAAGCCAUCCAAGCUGAGACUGCACCCGAAGAAAGCAUACCACAGGAAGUACCAUUCUUCUUUGAUCUCACAGGAGACCAGGUCCAAAAGAAGAAGGACCUUCCCCCAGUGGAGAUACCGGAUAGACCAUCCUCGAGUAGCAGCACCUCGAGCGAGGAAGUGCUUCUCUUCAAGGGUCGAGGUGCGCAGAGAAACGUUCAAUCUGUGCCUGAUAUCGACAUGAUGCAGAUGCAAACUGAAAUCCGUGUCGUUGAGCAGGCCAUCAUCACUGAGCCGGCCCAUUCACAACAAACACCAGCACCGGAACUGCAAACGGAACCAAUCCGCAGUAAAUACCUAACUAAGAUAGAGAAAAAACAGAAGAAGCGUGAGAAACGCAACGCCAAAACUAAACUGGACGACGAGGAGGAUGCCAUCCUUGCCGAUUACAUCGCCAACCUCAAGGAGAAUACUGAAGUUGAUGAUUACUUCAAGGAACUGCUCGAAGGUGGAAGACACUCGGACGAUAGUGGCGUAUCCGAGUCAGCCAACGCUGCAGGAGAUGACACGGAUGAUCAUACGGACGAUGCUGAGGCGACUAAUGGAGAUGAGGUCCCUAGCGAGAUCGAUGAUGAGACACUCGCACGACUGAUAGCUGGUCAGCACCUCGGUCAAGAUCUGGGCAUGGAGGAUGUACAUUUCGGAGACUCUUCGAGCGACUCUGACUCCGACUCCGACGACACUGGCAAGAGGACGAAACAGCACCAAGAAUUUGGCAAUGAUUUUGAUUUGAUGGAUUGGGAUCGCCCCAGCCUGCGUCGGCGCAAAGGCAAAGGCGCUCGAGCUCAGAUCAGCUUCAACAUGUCCGAUUCCGAACUGGAAGCAUCUCUCCAAGCCAGCUGGAAGAGCGAUCGUCUUAAGAAAUCCGAACGAAAGAAACAGCGAGAGGAGAUGCGUGCCCUCGGCAUGCUAGGCAAAAAAGACCCUGACGAUCUGCGGGUCAAAUAUCCAGAUGGAAUGAACAUGGACCAAGUCGCAGAUGAGCUACAAACAUUCCUGAUGGGUUCUGACGAACAACUUAAUUUCCCCCCUAUGGAUAAUAAUGCGCGCAAGAUGAUCCACGAACUGGCGAGUAAAUUCAAGCUCAAGUCCAAGUCAAUUGGAAAAGGCGACCAACGAAGACCGACACUUCAUCGAACUAAGCGUACGCCUCCUUACGUCCCAGCAACAUUCGAUCAAGCUCUCAAGCGCGUCAAUCGCAAGUAUCUUCCUCGGUCGGAUAAGAAGGGCAAGAAAGGGAAUCGCUUGCCGCCUGCUCGUGGUGGCACUUCCGUCGCGGCCGCUACAUAUCAAGAUGGCGAGGUGGUUGGUGCUUCAGCGCCAGAAUUAGGCAUCGAGAAUCGUGGAAGGGCAAUGCUGGAGAAGAUGGGCUGGAGCAUGGGAACAGCGCUCGGGGCCUCCAACAAUAAGGGCAUCAUGCAACCUGUUACUCAUACAAUGAAGCGCUCAAAAGCUGGACUGGGAUAG